AUGGGGUUUUUCAUCCGUGAUCUUCACACUCACAUCGUGACACUUCAUGCUCAACAGUAUACUGAGCUAUCAACUGCGAAUCCAUUUACUGUUUAUCGUGGUCAGGGGCUGUCAAAAGUUGACUUAGAUCAAUUGAUCAAAACCAAAGGUGGACUUUUAUCUUUUAAUAAUUUCAUAUCAACUAGUACGAAACGGCAAGUAUCCCUCGGUUUUGCUCGUAGAACUAUGGCAACGUCUGAUCUUGUUGGUAUUUUAUUUGUCAUGAAAAUUGAUCCAUCCAUCCCGUCAACACCAUUUGCUGACAUAAGUGAUGUCAGUUAUUACAAAAGAGAAGAAGAAAUUCUCUUCUCCAUGCAUUCUAUCUUUCGCAUUGGGUCAAUCGAACAAAUCGAUGAAAAUCAGCGUCUUUGGCAAGUCAACUUAGCAUUGACUUGUGACGAUGAUCCAGAACUCCAUGCACUUACUGAACACAUGCGCAAAGAAAUCCAUCCUCAUAAGAAAGGGUGGGACCGUUUGGCUAUGCUACUAAUUAAACUCGGACAGUUCGACAAAGCCCAAAAAAUAUAUGAUACUCUUCUUGAUCAAACACCGACUGAUCUUGAAAAAAUAUCAAUUUACAAUAUAUUCGGACUCAUUAAGGAGGGUCAAGGUAAAUAUAAAGAGGCGGCUUCCUAUUAUCAACAAUCGCAUGAAAUAUCUAAGAAGAUUUUAUCACAAACAGAUACCGAUUUGGCUGCCCCUUAUAAUAACAUUGGUAUGGCAUAUUUGCAGAUUGGUGACUAUUCGAAUGCACUCUCAUAUUACCAAAAAGACCUCGAAAUCAUAGAAAAAAAUCUUCCUUCAGAUCAUCCUGAUUUGGCCACUUCUUACAAUAACAUAGGUAUGGCGUAUUCCAAGAUGAGUGACUAUUCAAAUGCACUUUUACAUCAUCAAAAAGCACUGCAAAUCCGCCAGAAAGCCCUUCCUUCAAGUCAUCCUCAUUUAGCUGAUUCAUACAGCAACAUUGGCACGGUGUAUUCCAAGAUGAGUAACCAUUCAGAUGCACUUUCAUAUUAUACAAAAGCAUUGGAAAUUAAACAAAAAACGCUUCCUUCAAAUCAUCCUGAUUUGGCUCCUUCUUAUAACGGCAUUGGUUCAAUUUACAACACAAUGGGUGACUAUUCGAAUGCACUUUUAUAUUAUCAAAAGGCACUGGAGGUCCGAGAAAAAAGCUUCUCUUCGAAUCAUCCUAAUAUGGCUACUUCUUACAAUAACAUUGGUUGUGUGUAUUUCAACAUGGGUGACUAUUCGAAUGCACUUUUAUGUCACCGAAAAGCACUGGAAAUUCAGCAGGAAACCCUUCCUUCAAAUCAUCCUGAUUUGGCUCACUCGUACAGCAACAUUGGGGUAGUGUAUAACGACAUGAGUGACUAUUCGAAUGCGCUUUCAUCUCAUCAAAAAGCAUUAUCCUUGCUUCAGGAAACGCUCCCGUCAAAUCAUCCUUAUUUGGCGACUUCUUACAAUAAUAUUGGUUUAGUGUAUUCCAGUAUGAAAGACUAUUCGAACGCACUUUUAUGCAAUGAAAAAGCGUUGGAAAUUCGUCAAAACAGUCUUCCGCCAAAUUAUCUUGAUUUGGCGACUUCUUACAAUAAUAUUGGUUUAGUGUAUUCCAGUAUGGAAGACUAUUCGAACGCCCUUUUAUGUAAUGAAAAAGCGUUGGAAAUUCGUCAAAACAGUCUUCCUUCAAAUCAUCCUGAUUUGGCUCAAUCCUACAAUAAUAUUGGCUCGAUAUAUCACACAAUGGGGGAUUAUUCGAAUUCACUUUUAUGCAAUCAAAAAGCGCUAGAAAUCCGCCAAAAAUGUCUUCCUUCAAAUCAUCCCCAUUUGGCUCCU